CUCUUGAGUCAGUAGCAGCUGCGAGCUCGUUGUCUUGGUGAUCUUUUGUGUGGGCUGUCACCGGUUAGUUUUAUGGUUUGCUCCAGCAGAGUAAACCGGAAUUCUCGCAGGACGCUAUCUUUGAAAAAUGAAGCCUUUAAAUCCGAGUUUUAUAUUUUUGCUGAGUUUAACAGUAGUCAGCUCGAGUUUAGGAUUCUACCUUCCGGGUUUAGCACCAGUCAGUUUUUGCGAGCAAAACUCGAAAGGAGAUGCGGAGGAAUGCCAGACUGAGAUACAGCUGUUUGUGAAUAGACUGGACUCAGUGGAAUCAGUCCUGCCUUAUGAAUAUGAUGCGUUUGAUUUUUGCAAAGAUACGGAUGAAAACAGGCCCUCAGAGAACCUUGGGCAGGUGUUAUUUGGAGAAAGAAUAGAGACGUCACCUUAUAAAUUUUCAUUUAAGGCUGACAAGGCUUGUGUGAAGGUCUGCACCAAAUCGUAUGAUACAGGUUCAAGAGAAGACAAGUUAAAGUUGGACUUUCUAAAGAAAGGAAUGGAGCUGAAUUACCAGCACCACUGGAUUGUUGACAACAUGCCAGUGACAUGGUGUUACAUUGUGGAGGACAAUCAGAAAGUCUGCAACCCAGGAUUUCCCAUUGGAUGUCUAGUGAACCAAGAAGGAAAGCCAAAGGAUGCCUGUGUGAUAAAUGCUGAUUUCAACAAGAAGAACACUUAUUAUGUUUUCAACCAUGUGGACAUCACCAUACAUUACCACAGUGGAGAUGAAACGAAUGGGAUGCAUGCUCGACUUGUGGCGGCAACACUGGAACCUCGGAGCAUAAAGCAUAGUAAUGACGAAAAUCCAACAUGUGAAGAAACUCCCAUGGACAUACCAGCAGAUUUCAAGAGUAAUCUCAAAGUCACCUACACUUAUUCAGUUACAUUUAAGCAAAAUGAUGAUAUUAGGUGGGCUUCUCGAUGGGAUUACAUUUUGGUUUCCAUGCCUCACACUAACAUUCAGUGGUUCAGCAUCAUGAACUCUUUAGUCAUUGUGCUCUUCCUGUCUGGCAUGGUGGCCAUGAUCAUGCUUAGAACACUGCACAAGGAUAUUGCUCGGUACAACCAGAUGGACCAGGCAGACUGGGUUAAGAUCCCUCCAGCUGCAAACGUUACCUAUGAGGAAGCCCAGGAGGAGUCUGGCUGGAAGCAGGUACACGGUGACGUGUUCAGGCCGCCCAGGAUGGGCAUGCUUCUGUCCAUCUUCCUCGGACAGGGCACUCAGGUCUUCAUCAUGACCUUCAUCACCCUUUUCUUGGCCUGCCUGGGCUUCCUGUCUCCAGCCAACAGAGGGGCUCUCAUGACCUGUGCAGUGGUGUUGUGGGUUCUACUUGGCACAUCUGCUGGAUACGUGUCUGCCAGACUCUAUAAGACUUUCGGUGGUGAAAACUGGAAAACCAAUGUUCUUCUCACCGCCUUUUUGUGUCCUGGGAUUGUGUUUGUGGAUUUCUUCUUGAUGAAUCUGAUCCUGUGGGUAGAGGGCUCCUCCGCUGCUGUUCCCUUUGGUACACUGGUGGCCAUCCUGGCACUGUGGUUUGGCAUCUCUGUUCCUCUCACUUUUGUGGGUGCAUACUUCGGUUUCAAAAAACCAGGCAUCGAGCCACCAGUGCAAACAAACCAGAUCCCACGCCAAAUUCCUCAGCAGUCCUUCUUCACCAAACCCGUGCCGGGCAUCAUCAUGGGUGGCAUCCUGCCCUUUGGCUGCAUCUUCAUCCAGCUCUUCUUCAUCCUUAACAGUAUUUGGUCUCAUCAGAUGUAUUACAUGUUUGGCUUCCUUUUCCUGGUCUUCAUCAUCUUGGUCAUUACCUGCUCUGAGGCAACUGUUCUGCUCUGCUACUUCCAUUUAUGUGCAGAGGAUUAUCACUGGUGGUGGCGAUCAUUCCUGACCAGCGGUUUCACAGCAGUGUAUCUGUUUGUCUACGCAGUGCAUUACUUCUUCUCAAAACUACAAAUUAUAGGGGCUGCGAGCACCAUCCUCUACUUUGGCUACACCUUGAUCAUGGUGCUCAUUUUCUUCAUUUUUACAGGUACUAUGGGCUUCUUCUCCUGCUUCUGGUUUGUAAAUAAAAUCUACAGCGUGCUGAAGGUGGACUAAGGGAGGGACAUUUGGAGAACACAACAUCAUCUUUUUACAGAUCAGCUUUCAUGUGAAAGUUUAAUGAAGGUUAAAAGAACGGAUGGUGUGUUUGGCUCAACUGUAAUUCACUGACCUGCAGUAGGUGUGUGUGAACUCCAAAGACCCUUUUUUUAGUGCUUUACUUGUCUCGCGUUGCCUAUGACUUCAUUCCAGCUAAACCUACCGCGCUGAGAGCAGAAGUCCAUAUCUUAUGUAUUUUGUGUCUUAUUAUGCUUUUAUACUGAUCCAAAUAUAUGUUUUACAUUGUGUUUUAUUUAAUCAUCUGUAAAGACACAAUUUGUGUAUUUAAUACAGUUAUUUCUGUCCAUGUUUUAGCCUUUGUACAUUUUUGAAAGAUCAGAUGGGACACAGUUUCGGGUGCAGUCAUAUUUACCUUUACAGUGAAAUUCCGUGGGCUAAAUGCAGUCAUCGCAGACUGUGUGACACGUGAAAACAUUCCACAUGCAGAUUUCUCAUAGGAUUGAAGUUUGAGCGCACAGAUUUGUCACACUGAUCAAUAUAAAGCUGCUUAGUUUGGAAGUGACCUCUGAGUAAGUGGUGUAGCAUCACUACAUUAUAAGUUUCACUAAUGUAACACACCAUUAUUUGGUGGAAUUUCACAAGGAAAUACAGUCAUUUUUGAUUGGAAUCCACAUGUUUGGGAGUUUCGCUUGAGGGCUAAAAGGGGGCUAAAACGUUUUCCCCCACACAGAUUUUGUCGUGUCAAGUUGGUCACGUGAAGAUGACAUGUUGAGAAUAGAAAAUUGGUUUGGAAGUUACUUUGUUGUAACUGGGGUUUUUUUUUUUGCCCGUGAAAUUUAGCCUAGUUGAUUUUGCACCUGUAAGGAAUUUUUCGCAGUCGUUUAGAUGGGAAUUAACGCGAUCAGGAAUUUCACGUGAGGGUGAAAGAUUUUGCUACGGGUUCAAGACAAGCUGCUUUGUUUUAAAGUGACUCCUGUGUGAGCUCUGCUUUAUGCAUCACGUUAUUGACAAUAUACGAAGGAACUUUUUUGCCCAUUAAAUUUCACCUAAAUUUCGCUAAUGUGACUGCACCUUAAAACAUGUAAAACCACACCACAGUAACCUCUAUAAUAUCACCUAUUGGUGAAUAUCAGUAAUAUUUUUUACUUUGUUGCUAGUAUCAUAAAACUACUUUUGUUUUGUUAUGUUUUUAUAGUUUUGUCUUGGUGAUAAACAGUUUUUAUUGAGUGCAGGAAAUUGAAUGUUUAAGAAGCACAUUGUUUUUGCUACAGGGCUCUUUUAUACAAGUAAUAAUGUCGAAAUAAUGGGAGAUAUUUAGUGAUUUUUAUACUUUGUAAAUUAUUUAAAUAUAAUUACGUUAAGAAAACUACA